AUGCAUGAGCUAUCUCUUUAUGCUAAGGAAAUUAGUAGUAUACAAGAAAUAGAUGUGCAAAUUCCUAAAUUUUCUCUAGAAAAAAUAUUAACAGGAUCUGAUGAAGUUACAGUUCAGAUUAUAACCAAUACAAUUAAUUGCCAAGAAGUGAUUAGCAUUCUGAAAAAGAACGUACACGUAGUUGAACUACCUAGUUCAAAUGAUAUAUCAAACACUGAGGUAAGCAUACCUACUGAAUCUCAAAUUUCUGAUUCUUCUGGUUCUGGAUCAACCCAAGGAAAUGAUCAAGAUGAGUUAACGGCUCAAAACUCUGCUUCCUUGAAAUUACCAGAAGCUGAAGUAAGUAUACCUAUAUCUAACCACCUUGUGACUGUCUCUGACAAUAAAUCUCGAUCUCCAAUUUCGAUCUUACCUGAAGACUCGAAAGAGAAACAAAAUCAUAUUAUCAAAAUAAUACUGAAGCAGUUUCGAAAUUUGUCUUUAAAAUAUA